AUGUUAGCCGCCUCAGCAUCUCUGCUGAACAUCGACGUCGUCAUACUCGAUGUCGGAGACCACACUCCCGCGAAACAGGUCGUCGCACCAAGGACUCCUCGGCUAUCCCACAUAGAUGGAUCUUUCGCCGACGCUCAAAAAAUCCGCGAACUUGCUUCCAAGGUCGAUGUACUCACCGUUGAAAUUGAACACGUCGAUGUCGCCGUGCUCGAACAAGUGGAGUCGACAGUACCGCUAGGCGUGCAUCCCAGUCCGUCGACCAUUGGUAUCGUCCAGGAUAAAUUCGUUCAGAAGAAGCAUCUGUUCUCGCAUGAUUGUCCAGUGUCCGAGUUCAUGCAGGUCGAAUCAACUGUGGAGGCAAUUCAGCAUGCCGCCAGCGUACUGGGAUUACCACUGAUGCUGAAGAGCCGCACCCUGGCGUACGACGGCAGAGGAAAUUUCGUCAUCCGGGAUCUUUCUCAAAUCGAGGCCGCUAUAUCUGCUCUGGAGUCCCGUCCUCUCUAUGCGGAGAAGUGGGUGCCAUUUGUGAAGGAAAUUGCGGUCGUGGUCGUCCGGUCCACCACGGGUGAUGUACGUUCCUAUCCAGUUGUCGAGACGAUCCACAAGGAGAACAUAUGCCAUCUCGUGUUCGCCCCACUACGCAGCCGGGAUCCUACUGUAUGCUCUCGGGCCACGGCAGUGGCAGAGGCGGCGGUGAAGACUCUGCGAGGAGCUGGCGUGUUUGGAGUGGAGAUGUUUCUCAUGGAAGACGGUUCGGUAUACCUCAACGAAAUAGCGCCCCGGCCCCACAAUUCAGGUCAUUACACCAUCGAAGCCUGUGAAACCUCCCAGUACGAGAACCACCUUCGCGCGAUCCUUUCACUCCCACUCGGGUCCACCGCCCUCAAAGUCCCGUCAGCCGCAAUGCUCAACAUCAUCGGUACCUCGUCAAAUAUGUCCGAGAUUUCUACAUUGGCACACCACGCGCUCACCGUCCCCGGCGCGCGCGUUCACUUGUAUGGUAAGUCUGAGUGUCGCAAGGGUCGCAAGAUGGGCCACGUCACUCUCGUAGCAAACUCGGACGGGGAACUGCGCGCCCGCGUGCGUACGCUCUUGGAGUGGCUUCCCUCCGGCGGCGACGUGGAUGAAGUUAACAGCUAUGCACCGUUACCGCCCCUUCCCGGAUCCGGGCAUUCGCACCCGCAACCACUGGUCGGCAUUAUCAUGGGUUCGGACUCGGACUUGCCCGUGAUGCUCCCUGCGGCGAGGGUCCUCGAUCGCUUCAACGUCGCGUACGAGCUCACCAUCGUCUCUGCUCACCGCACCCCGGAUCGCAUGGUCGAAUAUGCGCACUCAGCUGCAUCGCGAGGGCUAAGGGUGAUCAUCGCCGGUGCUGGGGGUGCCGCUCACUUGCCUGGCAUGGUCGCUGCCAUGACUCCGCUUCCCGUGAUUGGAGUCCCGGUCAAAGGAAGCUCGUUAGACGGCGUGGACUCACUGCAUAGCAUAGUGCAAAUGCCCAGAGGCAUCCCAGUCGCGACGGUUGCGAUCAAUAACGGUAUGAAUGCCGGGCUGCUGGCAGUUCGCAUUCUCGCAUCGGGGAUGCCCGAUCUGGCGGAUGCGAUGAGCGUGUACAUGAAGAACAUGGAGAGCGAGGUGCUUACGAAGGUGGGCAGGCUGGAAGAAGUGGGCUGGGAAAACUAUGCAGUCGGCUCAUGA